GUGCCUGAUCCUGAGGGCAAACACCGAGCCUGCCUCGGGGCUCUCCCUUAUUUUAUUAAGUUAGGCCCAAGCUUUGAAGGCUGGACAGAUGUGUAAAGGGACCUUCUAACUAAAUGAUUGCUCUCUUUUGUUUGUUCUCUGGACUGUGGCCCCGUGGCGUGUGCUUUCUCUUCCACUUUCACCACAUGCAGAAGGUGUAGGUGUGUCUCCAGGUUCCUCGUCCCACCUUUGUGAGCACCUUGUGUCAUGGUAGAUCCCUUGGGCUCAGCGAGCUGGACUCUGCUCCCUGCGGAGCCACCGGCGCUGUCAGCAGAGCUGCUCCUCUGGUCCUGCUGGCACAUUAUCUGGAAGAUGUGAGAAUCCAUUGGCUAUAUUUUACGUUUUUUGUAAGGUUACAAAACAUGAAAUAAGGCCUUGGAAAUGGCUCUACAAAAGACAGACCUAAUCUUGCAAGGCUAGAACUUGGAUGCAGAGCAGCUGGAAUUAGUUAAAUAUUGGAACUACUGCUGGUUAGGUUGCAUCCUCCAACAUGACCAAUCCUCAGCCUACAAUUGAAGGUGGUGUUUCAGAAGUUGAGAUAAUUUCACAACAAGUAGAAGAAGAGACCAAAAGCAUUGCUCCUGUACAGCUUGUUAACUUUGCUUAUCGAGAUCUGCCUUUAGCUGCACUUGAUCUGUCUGUGGCUGGGUCCCAGCUUUUGUCAAAUUUGGAUGAGGAGUACCAAAGAGAGGGAUCUAACUGGCUAAAACCGUGCUGUGGGAGACGAGCAGCUGUGUGGCAGGUAUUUUUGCUCAGUGCAAGUCUCAACAGUUUCCUGGUAGCCUGUGUAGUAUUGGUGGUGAUUCUUCUGACUCUGGAACUCCUAAUAGAUAUAAAGCUUCUCCAGUUUUCAAGUGCUUCACAGUUUGCAGGAGUAAUUCACUGGAUCAGCCUAGUCAUCCUCUCUGUUUUCUUUUCAGAGACUGUUUUGAGGAUUGUGGUCCUUGGCAUAUGGGAUUACAUUGAAAACAAAAUAGAGGUGUUUGAUGGUGCUGUCAUAAUCUUGUCCUUGGCACCAAUGGUGGCCUCAACAGUGGCUAAUGGCCCCAGCAGCCCGUGGGAUGCUAUCAGCCUAAUUAUCACCCUGCGGAUAUGGAGAGUGAAGAGGAUCAUUGAUGCGUAUGUCCUUCCAGUGAAAGUGGAGAUGGAGAUGAUGAUUCAGCAAUAUGAGAAGGCAAAGGUUAUUCAAGAUGAGCAGCUGGAAAGACUAACCCAGAUCUGCCAAGAACAAGGGUUUGAAAUCAGGCAGCUGAGGGCCCACCUUGCUCAGCAGGAUCUGGACCUCGCUGCAGAGAGAGAGGCCGCGCUGCAGGUCCCCCAUGUCCUGAACAAACAGAGCAGCAAGAGGUACAAGGUGGUGGCGACGGACGAUUCGGACGACGAAGCCACCGAGAACAUCACGGAGCUGCGACCUCCCCGAGAGGAUGACAUGAAUAAUUACAUCAGUCGAUACUACAACGAGCCCAGCACUGACAGCGGUGUCCCCGAGGCCGCCAUCUGCGUGGUCACCACGGCCGCCAUCGACGUGCACCGGCCCAACAUCUCCUCGGAGCUGUUCACGGUGGAGGUGCCGCUGCGCCUGGGCAGCACCGGGACCUCGGCCAGCAUCACGUCGGGCAGCGCCUCGCGCUCCACCGUCAGCUCGGGCACCCAGGCCUGCAGCGAGAGCAGCCACACGCUGGGCUCCUCCCCGGACUGCAGCACGGCCUGCGAGGAGCCCGCCCAGGCGGCCCCGGCGCCCGCCCGGCAGCGGGUGGCCCACGCCGUGGUGCAGGAGCUGCUCUCGUCCCUGUCGGAAGAGGCGUGUCUGGCGCAGAAGGGGCUGGAUCCCGUCAACCUGAAGCUGCCCAGCCCCGCGGGCUCGGUGGGGGCCAGCCCCGACCUGGGCCACCGGCUCAGCGUCUACAACCGCAGGAACCAGGAGAGCCUCGACGUCUUCCAGCUCAAGCCACUCAUCGACUGCCCACCGAGCGCCCCGAUGAUUGAGGAGAAAUAUGGAGCGCUGGGGCCCCCAGAGCCACGGCUGGGCAGGGUUCCCGAGGCAUAGGGACAGCCGGGGGGAAUGGGGACUCCUGCGGGGACACGCUCACCGCGCUGGGUCACGAGGCUGCCACGGGUGACGUGGCAGCGCCGAAGGCAACCUGUGGCAUCUCCUGAAUGGCCACCAGGGCGAGGCCAGUGCCACCUCUGCUCACCAGCGGCCAUGGCGCAUGAUCCACCUGCCCUGCCACCAGCUCUGGGCCAGCUGGGACCUACGGUGACUGUCUGGGCACAAAAGACCUUCCAGCAGACUCGGGCUGACAUGGACCCACAGUGCCUGGGGGGGCAAACAGGCUAUGCCUGGGAACACCAUGGAACUUCCACCAGUCCAGGGCCAGCACAGCCCCACAGACAGAGCUGCUGGACAGCCUGGGCCCAGCCUGGCCCCCCGGCCUGACCCUACCCAGGGGCUGAGCAUGGCUGGGAGGGGUGUGGAGAUGGGAAUAAAUACUGACAAACCCAUGCUGCCUCCUGCCUUGUAUCCCUCUUCCAUUCCUUUUCCAUUCUUCCCUUCCUUUCUUCUCUUACCUGCCUUCCCUGUCUUCCUUUCUUACACCCCACACUCCAUGUGCCAUCCAACUGACCAUCAAAAAAAAAAAACAAAAACAAAAACCCAAAAAAACCCCACAAAACCCCAACACCAGUGACCCCACCUCUUUCCAGUACAAUCCUUUAUUUGUCCUUACUCCACAGUACAGGGUCCAUCACCAGCAGUCACUUCUUCUUCAGGAGCUCCGUCAUCUCUGGCACCGCCUGCAAACACCAGUGCCAGGGUAGUGCAUCUUCCCCCUGUGACCCCCCCAAACUCACCCUGGGCAGUACCAAACCCCAGAGUUACACUCCCCACCCACCACACCACUCCAGGGGCUGUGGGUCACCCCAGCUCACAGCACUCCCCACUUCUCUCCUGCUGAAUAAAGCCUCUUAAUUAUUUAAGAGAGCUACAUUUCCAUUAGGUGGAAAUAAUGCAUUCGUACAAAAUUUAUUAAGGAAAUUGUCUACAUGGUGUUUCUUCAGAAUGUGACUUUGUGGCUCACAAAGAGGCCCGUGCUCACUGUGGAGCCAGCAGGCAGCAUUUCAGGAAUGGCAUUAAGUGCUGGCACAGGCUCUGCCCGUGCCCCGCCGGUCACACGUGUGGCCACGCACACGGAGUCACACAUGUGAGCUGCAGGCACUUGGACAGGGGCUGGCUCAUGGCUCCCUGUUCCAGAGGGAACUGCAAGCUCCUCCUGGGCAUCAGGCAGUGAGGCAGCAAACCCAGGCAGCAAUAAGCACUCUCCUGCCAACUCUCUGCUUUCAAACUUUCUGAAGCUUAAAAACAGAGGCAAGCGCCUCUGUGCAGUUAUUUCCAAAGUGGUUCAUAUUCAGGAAACCGGAAUCAAGGCAGGCUGGCAGUGACACCCCUGCCCCCCAACACGCUUCCACUUGCAGGGAUUGAAUUUUGAGUGUGCAAAUAACAAAUUUAGAAAACAAAUUCUUUAACAACAACCAAAGCAAACACACACAGACAUCGUUAACACUCAUUAGAUUAUAUUAUGCAAGCUACUGUCCGCUCUCCCAAAGUCAUCCUGCACAUCAAGUUUAGCCUCACCUGAAAUAAGUCUGCCACCAGUCCAUAAUCUGCCACUUGGAAAAUUGGAGCUUCUGGAUCCUUGUUAAUAGCAACAAUGGUCUGCAAGCAAAGGUAAAGCACCAUGUGAAUGUAUAUAUUGAUUAAUAUCUGGGGCUGGAUUACAGUGCCAUGUCUUAUCCAGGAAACACGGGCUUUAGUCUUUCCUAGCCCCCAGAAGCAGAAGAUAUGGAUCAGAGCAUUUAACAUUUUUCCUUUCCAUCUCAAAAACAAAGACCCCACCACCACACCCCAAAAAAACAACGCUCCCUUCCCUGCUCAUCUUGGCUCUCCUUCCCUGUUGAAAAGCCUAGAAAAAAAAUUACUACAAAGGAUUAUCUGUGCAUUCUAAACCAUUCCAUUGCAGAACUAACUCAAAGGGCAGCAGUUGCAACAAGCACAAAGGCUUCUGUACUUACUAUAGGACAUAGCAUUUAGUUUGUCAGACCAUAGAAAAUGGCAUGUGACAAAUCCCAGCACAGUGAUCCAGAAAGUGUCUUGAUUUAAACUGUGCCAUACAAAUAAAUCAUCCUGUAACUGUCUGUGACAGCUUUCAGCAAAAUAAGCAUGUCCACAUCAAAAUCUACAACAGGAUGGGGAACACUUCAUAAAGGAAGGGAAAAGAAUCUUAAACAAAACCCAGCAGCUCAUAGAAGGAGCCUUACACCAAGCAGGGCCCAAACCACAGCACUCUGGUCCUGCCUGCCCACCUAAACACUGACUCGAGGCACCAACCCCCCCACCCGGGACAGGUCCAACCCAACAGGCAGCUGAGGAGCUCACGGGCCACGCCCAGAGAGCAGCACUUCACCUGUCACUGUUUUACUCCUCCACUGAAAGUACUUGUCCAGCAAAAUCACUGCCUCAGUAGAUAGGUGUACUGGCAGGAAAGUUUACAAAUCCUUGAUUCCAGGCCCACAGAACUGUUGUUUCUUCACAGGUGGCUGUACCCUGUAAGGGACCCCAUCCUACCUGGCAGCAGGCAGUGCCCACAGCAGCGCUGCCCCUGCCCAGCUCGUGGCCGAGGCCCUGCAGGUCCUGCAGCAACGCUGCCCUUCAGGGUUUGUCCCACAGCUGAUUGUUUUUAUUUCAGUGACCGUUUGCAAAUGCAAACCUCCCCUGACAAGCUGCAGUGCAGGAAGCAAAUCCAGGCUGUGAUCCCCGAGGAUUCUGUCAGUCAAGACUCUUCUCUGACCCUACUGAGGCCCUGCCAUGUCUUGCAGAACCACCUACAGGGGCCAGUGCUGAGGGCUGGCCGAGGCCAGCAGUCAGUGCCACCACAGGAGCUGCCAGCUCUGCUCCUGGCACAACACCCAUUGCUUGCAAACCUACCUGAAGCUUUAGUUGGGCAUCCUGGGCCUUCCUCUGCCUCCUUUAGCUGAAGCAACUUUUUAGUAAGAUUUGGUUCCCUACCUCAUUACUAACUCAUAAGCAGCAAGUGCAUCACCUUGCUCACAACAGAAGUUUGUGAGUUAAAUCUCUCAGAAAGAACAGAUACAGUAACUGUCUCCUGAGGGAAUUGGAAAUAAGGAAAGAAAGCACCAACGAUUCUCCAGGUCUCCUCAAAAGCUGCAUUUCCUACCUUGCUGUAAAGAACAAAUAAAUUAUACAUUUCACUUGGUAGAAAGCAUCUGACUGCUUUGGAAAAUGUAUCCUGAAGUGUACAAGUUCACAAUGCCAGAUAAUUCAGAGUGCUGAGGGAGGAUGGGGGACACUCCAGAGCUCCCAGGCUGCAUAAUGCUUUGUUUGUGAAAACUGGAUCUUUUCCAUAACUACUCCAUCUAUAUCCUUCAGCUAAAAGGAAGGCAGAAUGCAUUCCAAACACAAGUAACUAAAUCUGAAUUUUAAAACACAUUUGUUUAUGAGAUAUGGGAGAAAUGAAAGUGUUAAGUAUGCAUCUCAUAUCAGCAAAUUUAAUCUGUUCUUAUUUCCUAUAAGAAAACAUCUCAAAAUAUCAAACAUGGCAUUGGAAAAGCCAAAAAAACCUGGUUUUGCUGUUACAGUUGAGGACAAUAUUACUGCUCAAUAUAUAUCAAAGGAAAUUCUGGCACUUCAAGAAAGAAGUUCCCAGUGUUGCUGGCAGUCUGAACUGAGAUAAGACAGGACAGAAACACAAACAGGGGCAGAACAAGUCUGAAGCAGCUUUAAAUACUCAGUUCUCAGCUGCUCCUCAUCCCACCUGCCCAUGCCCUCGCUCAGCAGGAGCACAGCUGGAGACUGAGCAGCUGGAGACAAAGCCCCUGGUGGUGCUGUGGCCUGAGGUGCCGUGGCAGCGCUGCCCUCGGACCCCGCUCGUCCCGUUCCUGCUCUGAGAGCAGGACACAGCACAGCCACCCUGCCCUGCUGAGAGCACAGACACUGUCACCCACACCCUCAGAGCACCCUCCUCCCUGCCCAGCAGUCACCAUCACAGUUCCACCUUUGGUGGGUCCACCUGAGUCUCUGCUCCUACAAGGCUGAGGCCCCAAAUGCAGCUUACUUGACUUUCCCUCCAAAAUAUUUCAGUAAUACAUGGCAAAAAAAAUUUUAGGAAAGCAGAGAUCAUCCUACCACACAGGCUGGUUUGUGAGGACAGUUAUCAGUCACAAACUCACUGGUCUGUCACUGGUUGAACACAAGAAACCACCUGCAAAGUUUUGCAACCCUUUUCCUCAGCUUUAUAAGCUAAUCAAAGUUCUGGCUUGGCUAAUUUCAUUCACUGGAAAUAGAAAAACAAAUUAUAUCCUCUUUUUAAAAUUCCUGUGGGGAGGCAGGACAACCUCCAGUUUUUGAUGUCUGACAUUGGAUAGUAUAAAUCAGCAGGUAACUCUGCUCCUCUUUCCAAACACUGCACUGUAGACCAAACUGGCAAGUCCAAUUUUGGAUUAUUUGCUUUGGCAAGUAAUGAGUUAAACCUUUUAAAGUUUUACUGCCAUUUUAUAAUAGGUUUCCAUUUGAAUGGCUAAAUGCAGGAAUGUCAGAGACAUCUUUUACUUUAUGGAAUACUAAGUUCAUAAUUCAAAUUGCACAUUGUUAUGCAUGAAUUAAUAUGUCAUACUCUGGAAUAAAGGCAAAUGGAACUAUUGUAUAGAA